UUGGAACCCACAGGCCACAGCCGAUCCUACUAUCUACUCUCUGGUCUCUACUCUCUACUCCCUUCUCACUCUCCUCCACCAAUGCUGCCAUACGCCACCAUACAGGAGGCGGAAGCCGCCGUGGGCCGAUCCCUCACGGUCGCCGAGACAAUCUGGUUCAACUACUCCGCCACCAAAUCCGACUACUUCCUCUACUGCCACAAUAUCCUCUUCCUUUUCCUCAUCUUCUCCAUGGUCCCUCUCUACUACCUCUUCCUCGAAUUUUUCCUGGAAAAGUAUAUCCAUUCCUACAAGAUUCAACCAAAAGUCAAUCUCACCCUCUCCGAUUCCUUCCGCUGCUACAAAUCAGUCAUGCGCAUGUUCAUCCUCGUCGUCGGCCCUCUCCAGCUCGUAUCGUAUCCCUCCAUCAAAAUGAUUGGGAUAAGGACGAGCUUGCCCUUGCCAUCCAUAUGGGAAAUUGCGGCCCAAUUGAUUGUGUAUUUCUUUGUGGAGGACUACACAAACUAUUGGAUCCACAGGUUUUUGCAUUGCAAAUGGGGGUACGAGAAGAUUCACAAGGUUCACCACGAGUACACAGCUCCAAUAGGAUUUGCAGCGCCGUAUGCGCACUGGGCGGAGAUUUUGAUCCUCGGGAUCCCGUCUUUUCUGGGGCCCGCCAUGGUCCCAUGUCACAUUAUUACGUUCUGGUUGUGGAUUGGGCUGAGACAGAUUGAGGCCAUCGAGACCCACUCUGGGUAUGACCUUCCUUGGACUCCCACAAAAUAUAUACCUUUUUAUGGUGGUCCAGAUUACCAUGACUACCAUCACUAUGUUGGUGGUCUAAGUCAGAGCAAUUUUGCUUCAGUAUUCACCUAUUGUGAUUACAUCUAUGGAACUGACAAGGGCUACCGCUAUCAGAAGAAAGUCCUUCAGCAGUUACGAGAAGGCUCUAAAACCAAUGGUGAACAAAAUGGAUUUUCACACAUCUCAGGGGAAGAUAUUAAAGUUGACUAGAUCUGGAACCUCAGAUACCACCACCUUCAUAGUUAAAACUAGUGAAGUUGUGGAAGCAACAAGUUGACCACUUGACCAAGUGCUUUAUUUUUAGUUUGCUCAUAGAUUUGGAAGUUCUAGUAGUACCUGCCAGCAUGAAUUUCUUUUAAACAGUGAUCUUGUGGACCUAGGUGAGAAUUUUAUGUAUUAGUGAUGAAGUAUUAGUCCUUAAACUUUGUUCUUUUUGACGGUACGCUUAGCUUUGAUUAGUUGAGAUCAGUCUCAUGGGUUGUGAAUUAUGAUUAUGAAAUUUGAAACAAGUUUUUCACCUGUUGGCUGAAUUAGUGAAUUUGAAAUGUCUCUA